AUCAAUGAUAAAAUCAAACUUUUCAACACAUAAGUCAUAAAAUAUUUCAAAUAUUUAAGUUUCAAAACAACUACAAACAUAAAAAUCCACCAUUUGGAGCUUGCAAUAAUUAGUAUUUCGGGUUUUUUGUUGGAAAUUCGGAAAUUCGAUUAGGUUGAAAGAACUCUGGUUUCCGAAAUAUCCAUAUUUCCCUUCCGAAUUCCGAACUAAAUAGUAUUAUUUCGAUUUUGGUUCCGUUUAAUUCGGUUUCGGUUCGGAAAAUCCAAACCGGUUGCCCAUCCCUGAUACCACAUGCUGAUGCUAUAAUUGGGCCUUUGAUGGGCUAUGGAGGGCUCUUGUUUGCGGUUUAUUCAUGUAUUUAACUUUUACAGGAAAUGUUAUUCUUAUAAUUAUUGAAUGUCAGAAAAGGCCAUACAUGUAUGGCCGGCGAGACCGUCGAAAGUGAAAUCCUCCGUCAGCUCUCAGCUGAAAAACAACCACCCUCCACAGUCCACACUUUCCUUCUCCCUUACAAAAAAAAUUCCGCCGGUCUCCUUCGUUUUGUUUUCCUCGUUCAUUCCAACCCUUCUGGGUCAGCUCUCUAACUUCCCCAUCCCUUUCUCAAUAUUUAAUCCUAUCGCCAUUUGCGCUUCUCGGGAUAGCACACCAACUCUCUCCCCUCCCUCCCUCCCUUAUCGCCAUUGUUACAACACCUCUCGCUGAACCGAACGACCAUUUCCACGUUUCCUCUACAGUUUACCCAUUCCUUUUCCAGGUAAUUACUCAUUUCUCGCUCUCUCCUGUCCGUUGUGCUCUUCCUUUCUGCUUCUUACUUGUCAGCUUCCAUGGAUUGUUUCCAAGUUUAGAUCUCACGCUCCUCCUCCCGCCGAAUCCCUCGCAAUCCCGACGAUUGGCCGACCCAGUUUCCUAUUUUCCGUUCAAUAAGAUCCGGUUCCCUCCCGGGUGCCCAGUCAAUGGACUUCACCCGUGGCUCCCCAGCUCCCUUGAGCAACGGCAAUGGCCACUACGAGUCCUCUUCUUCCCCAUCUUCUUUCCCUUCCGGCUUCACCAAGUUCAACACCGCCCUCACGGCGGGUCUUCUCAACCCGAUGUCUCCCCCGCCGGACAGGAUGACCCGAUCCAGCCCCACGCUGUUCGAGAUGAUGGCGAGUGAGCACGACGCACAGCAGCAGCCCAAGACCCAGACCCAGAUCACCAUUGCCGCCCCUAAUGUCGCAAUCCCCAAAGUCACUGCCGCCCAGCAGCAGCAGCAGCCUGCGCCUGUUCAGGACCGGCAGACCGCGGCGAUGCAGCGAAUCGCUGACAUUCUGGGCAACCGGAGCCCCGGGAACCAGUUCAAUGACUCGUCGUCCAGCGAUGUCAAGCUGACGUUGAGCUCCAAGGAUGGAAUUAGUGUGUCGAUUAGUGUUCAUAGGCAGAUCCUGGUCGCACACAGCCGGUUUUUCGCCGUAAAGCUUUCGGAUCGAUGGGCGAAGCAGCAGAAGGCUUCGGGGCCUUACGUGGUGGAAAUUGCGGAUUGUGAUGAUAUUGAAGUUUACAUUGAGACCUUGAGGUUGAUGUACUCGAAAGAUCUCAGAAGGAGGCUUAUGAAGGAGGACGUUAUCAAAGUUCUUGGCAUUUUGAAGGUUUCAGCAGCUAUAGGUUUUGAUGCGGGGGUCUUAUCUUGUUUGGAGUACUUGGAAGCUGCUCCAUGGGCAGAGGAUGAAGAAGAGAAAGUGGCCUCACUUCUAUCCGAGCUACGACUUGAAGGAGUUGGGGCAGGUGAAGUUCUAAAAAGAGUAUCCACUGAAGUCAACAAUGGAGUGGAAGAGAGUAGUGACAAUGAAGAAGUGCUUGUCAAACUCUUGCAUGUAGUUCUGGAAGGAAAAGACGAGAAAGCCAGGCGUGAAAUGAAAGGAUUGGUUGCCAAAAUGCUCCGGGAGAGUGCUGCUUCUCAUACCAGUCUCAGAAAGGAGUCCCUGUACGCAGCUUGUGAAGGCUGUUUGCAAUUGCUGCAUACCCAUUUUCUCCAGGCAGCAUCAGGAAACUUAAAGGAUGUUGCACAAAUUGCUCGACAAGCUGAUAACUUGCACUGGCUAUUGGAUAUAAUGAUUGACAGACAGAUAGCUGAGGAGUUUCUAAAGACAUGGGCAUCACAGACUGAACUCUCUGAAGCACAUUCCAAAAUACCAGCUGUUCACAGGUACGAGAUCAGCAGAGUCACAGCGAGGUUGUUUGUUGGUGUCGGGAAGGGACAGAUGCUGGCUUCUAAAGAGGCGAGGUGCAUGCUUCUGCAGACGUGGCUGGUCCCAUUCUAUGACGAUUUCGGGUGGAUGAGGAGGGGCCAUAAAGGUCUGGACAGGCAUUUGAUCGAGGAAGGUCUCAGCAACACCAUUCUUACCCUGCCCCUCUCCUGGCAGCAAGACAUUUUGCUCGCCUGGUUCGAUCGGUUCUUGAACUCAGGCGAGGAUUGUCCCAACAUUCAGAGAGGGUUCGAGAUUUGGUGGAGACGGGCGUUCUGGAGGCGGAGUGGGGAGCAAGAGAAGGCACGGUCUUUCAGAGUCGUCUCUGCAAGUGCCGAGAACUCAUGAGAUCAUGAGGAGAAGUUUAUACUGAUCCCACAACAACUAAAAGUCACUUUGUUAUCAGCAACACACAUAAAGAUGGAGGGGGAAGUGGAGUGGGUUGCAAAUUGUAAUGUGAUGAUUCUGUUGGUCCACCAUUAUCCAUCCAGGGUGGUUUAGAAAAUCUUUGAUUGCUUUCUUUGUAUUCUUUAUGUUUCUCAUUCAUUGCCUUGUUGGAUUCUGCCCCACUCAAAGUAGGAAGCUUCAGCUGCAACCAAAUAUCUGAGGAUUUUUAGUUUUGGUUUUCGUUUGUACAUUAUUAUUUUUAUUAUAUAUGAAAUUGAAAAGGGGUUCAUGAUGUUUAGGUAAAAGAAAGAAAAGGGUGGUUCAUGUCAGCUUAGUUGUGAAAUUGAGGUGGGAGACACUGAUUAUUAUGGAGUGGAAAUCAUUACACUUUCUUCUGAAUAUUUAGUGGUGCCGAGAAAGGGUCACGCUCACGCUAGUACGAGUUAUGGUUGUGGAUCAUUUUGCUUUUGUGGCCUUCUAAAGUGGGGAUUCCUUGCUGGCUUAUGGAAGCUAAGGAAGCAGCAGACAGUAUUUGCUUGACAAUUAUUAUUAUGUCUUUUUGCAGGGAGUGUUUUGCAAGGAAGGUUGUAAUGCUGAUGGAGACGCUUGGGAAGAGUGUGAGUGUUCCAUAUGUCUUUUAAUAGUUGAGCUGUGCAUCGCAUCUCUUCAGGCUAGGAAGCGUGUGAAGAGAAGAGAGAUGCUUCAAGGACUCACAUGUAUUAAAGAACCACCAAUGCAGUGCUUACAUUUGACUCUUUCUGCAUAAGGAAUGCUUCCAUUCCAUGCCGGGGUAGUGAUGGUCAUCCUGUUUGCAUUUGAGUAAUGUUAAUCUUGUUUUGCUGUAGGAAAACUUGCGUUGAAUUGAAUUAAAUGCGUGUUAACGUCUUCGGACAACGAUUACUAAGUUAUGACUCUCACCUUUUCAAAUAAAAUUUGAAUAAGGUU